AUGGACAGUCCGAACAUGUGGAGCUCAUCUCACCCUCGCUACUCUUCUUUCGCAAGAGAGGUUCCCAUACAUCGUCGUCAGACGAAUUCCCCGAAGGUCGUCACCAUCCCUGUUCACUUCGUCAGUUCGGAGAAAUCCAGAUCAGACGCGGCUCUUAAGAUACAGAAGGUGUUACGGGGAUUCUUGAUCAGGAAGAACCUUAGAAAGAUUUCUGCCAUCAGAAGAGAGGUUGAUGAGAUCGAUCGGAGGAUUUCAAUGGAGGAAACUAUCCAAUUGAUGGGAAGAGACCCCAAAGAGCGGCUGAAGAUGAAUGAGAUGUUAAUGGCGUUACUCUUCCGGUUAGAUACUGUUCCUGGAAUCAACUCUGGCGUCAGGGACUGCCGGAAGGCACUCAUCAAGAGGAUUAUCUCGCUGCAGGAAAGACUGGAUGCUAUCGUCAAUGGAGAUGAUAGUACGAUUGAUAAAAAGGAUGGCGGAGAAACAGAGUCUCAAACCCUAGACAUGGAGGAUAUUUCCGAUUCUCCGUCGUUCAAGUGCGAAAGUGUCGCUGAGGAGCUCGUUCAAACCCUGGACACCAAGGAGUCUGCCAGUUCUUUAGGCAGUUGUGAAGACAUGGUUAAUGGAACGCUGGAAACCAAAGAUCUUUCCAAAUCUUUGGAUGACAGCAGUACAUUAGGCGAUGCCGCAGAUCAAGAACAAGCACUGGAUUUGCAAUCUCACGUUGCCUCUUCAGCUAAUUCAGGAGACCAGGAACCGUUUCUCGGGGCUGCUGAAUGCCAAAAUCUAGAGCCAGAAGCUUAUGAUGAAUCUAGAGACGACGGAGAUACACCAGUGGAAGCCUUAAACAAGGCAGACAGAGAAGUUCACGCAUUCGAAGAAAGUGGAGCUGUUGCAGAAAAAGACACCGAAGAGGAAAACGUGAUGGAAUCCUCUCAGUGCUCCCACCAGAGUAUGGUUGAAGAAGGUGAAGAGGAAACACUGAAGGGACUCGAAGAUGUGAAGGAAACCAACUCCAACCUGAAACCUGGCAUUACUAAUGUCGGCAACUUGGAUGGAUCUCCGUCUCCGGCCGCCGAAAACAGGGAGAAGAAUCGGAACGACAUCAACAAAAGCAAUGGGAGGGAUCUGAUGGAGAGGGUGGUCGAAGACAAUGAAAGGCUAAUGGGUUUGAUGACGGAACUGUUGGAGCGGAACGAAUUGCAGACAAUGUUGAUAAAUUCCCUUUCACAGAGGGUCGAACAACUGGAGAGAGCUUUCGUGAGUGAGAGAUUGAAGCGCAAGAAGAAAAGGCAGGCCGCAGCCAUGACUGUCGAGAGGCAAGAUCCUUCACUGGAUCCCAGAAAAUGCGUAAAGAAAUCAUCCUGA